GCUCGACACACCGCAUGAUCUGCGGCGCAGAAGCCCCGAGGUUCCCGCCGAGUCCAGGGGAAAGCGAGUUGAUCCAGUCCAUUCUACGCACAUGGGAGCGUGUCAGCGAACGUGCUGACGACGCAUCGAUCAGUGGGGCGGUGGUCACGGAGACUGCUGCCGCCCCGUCAACCGUCGUACGGUCCACGUUAGAAUCGUUUCUCCAUGAACUUGAACAAACGACGGAUUGGCCGUUUGAAGGACUGGCAGACUUGUUGAACUAUGGCGCACUCCUCCAUGCCUUUCACGUUGUUCUGGGGGAGCUGACCAGAGCAGACGGUGGUGCCAACUCCCUACUGCUCCCCUCCGAAACACGACACGACGACGCCGUGCCCACGGCCCCACGAUUUGCAUGGGACUUGUCCGACCGAGAACGCUUGGCCUACCAAAUACUGCGCUGGACGGCAAUUCUACUCGAGAACUCAAUCAACAAGCACAAGUAUCCUUCCUUAAACCACGUGACAUCUCUGGUCGCAUCCACGAGCGAACGGGUGAGCCUCGAGGCUAUCAAGGUGGUGGCCAUGCUUUCCUUGCCUCCUCUCUCACAUCGCGACCUCAUCGACUCGCACAGUCAAGCGGACUCUAUUCUCACAGGCACGGUUACCUUGAAGAAGCGACUGCUCGUUGUGGCCGACACGUGUGGUCCGGGGAGUCUGGCCAUGUCUAUGGCGGAUUACGUCGAUGAGAGCGCGGCGAAGGACCUUCCAACUGACUUGCGUGUGUACCAGUACUACCGGUUUGACAAUGAUGUGGAGGACAGCGUGCUCGUGUCCAUCGAAGUCCCCCGCUUCACCGGCUCGAGUGACACGGACGCAUGGUCCCGAGCAACGUUUGCUUCGCUCGUCGAGCAGUUCCAUGUCCCGCCAAAGCACCAUUUCAAAUUGCUAUGCUGCGUUCGGUCCAUUGCGUGGCGUCACCAUCGGCGAUCUCGUGUUGCGUCGAUGGUGGCGCGACUGCACUCGUUCGUGGCGCUCUUUACACUGUUUGAGGACUCGCACGACGUGGUGCAGUACCUCGAAGAGCACCCGGGCCUCGUCGCGUCCAUCUUGGAACUGGUCCGCAGCCUGGACGAAACAAUGGACGGCCGGGCAGCGAUCCCCCUCACGGUGCAAGUGGCGGCGCUGCAAGUGCUGACGGCACUCGUCAACGACAAGCGGUCGCGUGGGGUGGGAGUAUUGAGUCGCCAGUCGGGUAUCCUCGCGGCUCUUGGUGUCGGCCGGGGCGCUUCGCCUGGUCCGUUUGUCUCGAUUGUCCGGAGUUGCAUGAGCGGCUUGGUGUUUGAAGGCAAAGCAGGUCCCACCAGUCCAUCCGACAUGGAUCUUGCAGUUGCGUUUGUGGAGGCAACCACGCCAUCCCUUGUGGCCGCCGGUCCAUUUCGAGAUCUCUCGAGCCCCCACGAUCGCCACUUGUCGUGGGUCGAAAGCGUCCUCCGGCUGAUUUGCCCUCUUGUGGGCCUGCAAGCCGGCGCGUCGUCGUUGACGGAAUGCGGCAUCGUUCCAAGUCUGUUGCGGGCGAUUGCGAGUCCGUCGACGAGCCCGCUGCACACGUCUGUGCUUGUUCAGUGCAUCCAAGCGCUGGAACUCACGUUGAACAACCACUCCGCCGCCGCCGUCUUGUUUCGCGAGUUGAACGGCGCGUCGAUUUUGGUCGAUCGGUUGGCGGUCGAAGUCUACUCGCCGCACACUCUAACCGACACGAAGCGCGUGCUCGUGGUUUCACUGCUCAACAUGCUGUCAGUGUCGUUCCAUACACAAGGCAUUAUGAGUGCCGGCACCGCCCCCCGCUUUAUCCGAGAAGACGCGGUGUUGAACUCGGUGCUCGAUCGGGUCCUGCGCCACGUCGACGUGUACGGCACCGUCGUGUACUCGCAAGCCGCGACGCUCGUGGCGGACAUUAUCAACAACGACCCAACGUGUGUCCACCACGUGCACUCGACUGGUCUGGCCGACGCCAUCCUCGACACGAUUUGUCGGUGGGACCUCCAUGGAUUGGCGGCGGCGACGAAUUACCUGCCGCCCGGGCCCGAGCUCAUCAUGGCGAUUCCGACUGUCCUGUCGUCGCUGUGCAUAUCGAGUACGUACGUGGACAAGGUCGCCGGGUAUGAGCCGAUGGCGUACCUCUUGGACAUGUUUACGUUGCCGAGUUAUGUGGACGAGAUUGACUUUUUGCAGGGGGACGUGGCGUCGAUUGUCGCGACGGGGUUGGACGAACUCAUGCGCCAUGUGCCGACCAUGGCCCGGUUUACGAUUGAAGCAUGCACGCGUGCGCUGAAAAAGGUCGCAGCCCUGCAGCUUUGCUCCACCGGCGCGCCGCCCUUUACCACGUUGCUGCGACUGACCAUGCACUUGUGCGACGUGUUGGAGCCUGUCUUGUCCAAGGUGGAGCUGGCCACGCGAUUUGCCGACAAUGGAGGCGUCGACGCGCUGUUUGACUUGUACGGGCGCGUCUUGCCUCCGCCAUCAAUGUAUUUGUCGUCCAAGUACAACGAAUCGUCCCCGUUGCCUCAUUACCCGACGUCGCAGAGCAUUACGAUGGCGGCGCGCGCGUACACGUCGCAGCAGCCCGCCGCGAUGUUGACCAAGGUGAUGGCGCACUUGACUUUGCAACUCCAGUAUGUGGACGCGGUCCGGCCGAAAGGAGCGGUGGGGGUGGUGUCGAGUGUAGUUCCUGAUAUCCCCAACGUGAAGGAAGACGAGCACGGCGACCUCGUGCGACCAAGCGGCGAGUAUUUGCGGCUCCUCGCUCAUGUCGAGUGGCUCGUGUCGCUGUUGGUGUGGACGAUUCGCACGGGUCUGACGAGCAAGUCGCCGACUCCUCGGUGGAUGGCGGAGUUUACGUCUAGCCAGGCCACGCUCGCCCGGUUGUUUUCGUUGGAUGGCACGGUGCAAAUGGAGCGCAUGCAGCUGGAAGAACAGCUUGACGCAGUUGGCGCUCCCGACGGCGGCGGCGGUGGGAGCUUGUGGAAGGUCGGAAGCCUCUUGAUGUUGAAGUUUUCGUUGAUGGUGCGCAAUUUGUUGUGCAAGUACGCCCGGGCGAUGGCAACCCAGUCGUCGUCGGCCCUCAUCGACACGGAUUCCGUGGUGGGUCUCGAGUCGAUCGUGCACGUGGUGCAGUCCAACUUGGCGACGAUUCUCCCGACGAACCAACGCUACGUGCGCCACGGUGCUCUCAUGUACUUGGUGGAAACCAUCACGACGAUGCAGUUUGAAGGAAAGCGGGGCACGGUCGUCAACGUGCCGCUGGCCAAAGCGUUUGUCGAGUCGAAAGUCCUGGAGCGCGUGGUGCAGGCGCUUUCGAUUGCAGUCGUCGACGUCCUGACGUCGUCGUUGGAUGGGCCGUCGAAGCAGGACGUUCGACUGUGUCAGACUGGCGCGGUCCUCUUGCGCAAUUUGGCCGAUGUGCAGUCGCUGGCGGCCUCCAAGUCGAUGGUGAAAAUGUUGUCGAGCGAAAAGCAUGUCGACAGUCUCAAGGUUGCCUUCCAUGCCAUCACGAUCGACGCCGUGCUCAACAUUUGGACCCAUCCGAGGUUGCCCCACGCUGGCAAAGUCAUUUCGGCCGUCGUGCCUGUGAUUGCGACGCUGUUGAAACAACAAUUGGGCAAGGAUGGCAAAAGCGCUGCGGCAGGUGGACCGCCGACCCCCACCGAAAUGCAACUUGAUCCUGACGUUGUGUCCAACUUGGAAAUGAUGGGCUUUACGCGCACUCAUGUGGAGCUCGCGUUGCGUCAAGUUGGGGAAAACGACGUGUCGAUGGCCAUGGAAUGGCUCCUCGAGCACCCCGAACUCGAAUUUGUGGGGCAGCGACUACAAGAGCAAGCAGCUGCCGCGUCGCCCAGCCACUCAGAUGCCGCGCCAACGUACGCGGCGCUGCGAGCCACGUUGGAAACGGUACCGUUGGCGAUUGUGUCGUUGCCGCAAAGCGAGACUGUCGUUCGGUCGCUGGCCGAUCUGUUGGUCCUGCAAUGCUCGCUGUCGGCGGACGACCGGGUCCAAAUCGUUCAAAGUUUUGAGAAGCACAUACUCACGUCCACGUCGUUGGGCGCGUUGACGUCGGUGGCACACGUGCUGGCGCUGGUUCUGCAUGGUGAUGUGAUGUCGCGCUCGGUGCUCUUGUCACAAACAAGCGCGACCGUGAAGCAGCUCGUGCAGGUGAUCGUGGACCAGUCGUCCCGUUGUCCCAUCGAUGAGCCCGUGCAUGAAUGUGUCUCGCCCACCUUGCUCGUGUUGGAUGCGUUGGUCCAAGAAUCGAGCGAUGCCGACAGCGGUCUCGACAAGCAAUUCAAGGAGCAACUCGUCGACAGCUGCGCGUCCCUGAUGAAGCGGCCGGCGCUGACAGCCAGCGUCGGCCACGCACUGUGGCAAGUGGUGGUCCAUCUCACGCGCGACUUGGACCUGGUGGACCGAUUUGUCGCGAUGGAAGGAGUCGAAGCAUGCAUUAACACCCCGUGCGUCUUUGACGGGUACAAGGAGCUCACGUCUGUGAUUUUAUCGCACGUAUUGGAAUAUCCCGAAGUGCUUCAAGCCCGAAUGGAGGAGAAGAUUGUCCAGAGCAUGAAAAAGUUGUCGCUGCGUUUAGGCGCGGGCGGCAUCACGUCGGGGAGCUUGCAUGAACCGCCAACGACGCGCAUUUUACCGCGCAAUUUGCUCUCGGAACUUGGCGUCGUCGCCAUGCGCGACGAGAAGCUGUUUUUGUCGGCAUUGAAAGAAACAGUCGAGGUCAAAAAAAGCAACUCUGGACGGGUGUACGUGCAGCUCAAGGAACGUGACGACCUGAACACGGUCGGGUCGAAGAAAUUGACGCAAUUGCCGAUUCCGAACGCGUCCAAGAUUAUCGCGCUGAUUGUGCGCCGCAUCGAGGCGCUGUGGGCCACGAAAGACGCGGCCACUGCCACGUACUUGUCGUUUCUCGUGUACCUCGUCACGAUUUUUCGAGUGUCGUGCGGCGCGGCGCUCGGGACGGAGCACGGGUCGUUUCUGGCGUUGGUCGUGCGGGAGAUGCUUCCAUACCACGAACUUGUGCGUGUAUUGGCGACGAAAACGUCGACCGAUGCGGACACACCGGCCGCCGCCGCCGCCACGACCAAGCAACUUGGAAAGAAUCGAGUGCAGCAAGCGCAUCGCUUGCUGGUUCGCCUCAGUGCCCACGAAGGGUGCAAGAAGAUCGUGCUGGACGUUUCCACCCUGUUGGAAGGGUGGACGCGACAAGACUAUAGCAACAAGACGUACGCGCUGACGUGCCUGCAUGCGUGGUGUGCGCUGCUCAUGAGUGUUUUAUGGCCUCGUGAGGACAAGGACAAAAUGUGGGACCAUACCAAGGCGUUGCUGGGCAAGAAGGACAUGGUAGCGAUCUUGUUUGAAGCGCUUCGGCACUUGGACUUGUCGCAUCCGUUGGCUCGGUCAACGUGCACGAUGGUGCUGCGUCCGUUGGCAGCAUUGACACGUCCGUGGGUCGCGCAUCGCCUGAAAAAGGCACAACGAAAGCAAUCGUCGGCGGCGGCGGCGGCGUUAGUCGCUUCGACGGACCAUGCGGGGCCGCGCGACGAUGCAUCCACAAGACAGCGCGAGUCGAGCGUCGAACUGGAAGACAUUCGCAUGUCGCACCCGGACGACGAAGACGACGUGGAAGAGGACGACGACAGCAGCGACUCGUCGGAAAAUGACGAAGAAGAAGAAGAAGAAGAUGGAGAGGACGAUGACGAUGACGAUGACGAAGAAGAAGAAGAGGAUGGGGACGAAGAGGACGACGAGGACGCGGCCGCGGAGUUGCUGCACCCCAUGGACGACGACGACGAUGUCCAGAGUGACAAUCACAAUCCGUUGUGGGAUGCUCUGGACGCCGAUGUCGCAGUGUUGAGCGAGGACUGUAUCGAUGGGACGACGGACAGCGGCACUCGGACCAACUCGCAACAUGGACGCGAUGACCCGCGGUCCCUCUUUGACUUGUUUGCAUAUCACCACGAGCCGUCUGGAGGUCACCGGCACGCAUUGCAUGGUCGCCACCAGCCGCCGCCGCCGUGGAGCAGCAUUUUUCGGGAAUUUGAACAAGAUUUGUCGAGUGGCGUUGGUGCGUUUGCCGACGACGACGCAUUUGAAGUGCGCGACGUGAACGACGACAUGGAGAACGACGACGACGACGUGUUUGCGAUGCCGUUUGACGUGUUGGAGCGAGUGAAUUCGUUGCGAUUAGGCGCACACCGGCACGGUGCAACCGCGUCGUCGGGGCAAACCAACACGUCGGUGGCUGGGCUCACGCAUCCUUUGCUGGCGCGGGACGCGCGUCGAGAUGGCGGCCAUCGACCUCCCAGUCGCCAUCACCACCACCACGUGUACUCGAUGCACUUGCCAUCUCGUCGGACAGUGGACCGAUCGUGGGCCGACAUGGGCGGCACGGAUCGGCCACCAUCGCUGUGGCCCCACGACUCGCAUUCGCACGUCCGCCAGGUGGUCGAGCGCAUGGAAAACGAACUGCACGAACUGUUGAGCCCAGAUGUGGACAGCACGGUGCAGGACGACGCGUCUGUGGCGGUUCAAGUGUUGGCGAGCACGUUGGGCGGGUCGUCGUUGCAGACUCCACCCGACACAACGAUCGCAUCGAGCUCGCCAGUCGACGACACUUUCCAGGCUGCAUCGUCUGAACCUGCAACGCCGCCGCCGCCACCCAUUGCAACCACGCAACAAGAUGGCGCCUUCCCUGCUGCAGUCUCGUCACAGUCCGCGCCUGCCGACGCAUCGCUUUUCAAUUUCACCCUUGACCUGCAGCAUUUGUCGUCGACCGUACCUCCGCCAGCACCUGCGGCAACCGCGCGCACGGAAUCGCCUGCAUCCACGCCGCCGCCAUUGGUGUGUCCCGACGGCAUGGACCCCGACGUGUUUCAUUCCUUGCCUCCUGAUAUGCAAGCAGAAGUUGUCGCGGCCCACCCGCCGCCGCCGCCUCCCCCUGCCGGUGCGUCGUCGUCCGCCGAUGGGUUCCAAUCGAGCUAUGACCCAGAAACGCUGGAUGCGUUGCCUGCCGACAUUCGAGAGGAAAUCCUGGCGAGUGAGCGGCGCGAGUGGGAGCAGGCGAGAGCCCCGCCGCCAGACAUUUCGCUGGCUCAGGAGAUGGACAAUGCAUCGUUUGUCGCGUCGCUCGCGCCCGAGCUGCGCGAAGAGAUUUUGGUCACGUCGGACGAUGCGUUUUUGCAAACCCUUCCGUCGUCUGUCCGUGCGGAAGCCAUGAUUCUGCGUGAACGCGCCGUGUACCGAGCGGCGCAAGCGCAGACGCGCAUCAGUCAGCAACGGGCCACCAUGGACGAUCCAGCAGGUCACUUUUUCCAGCGCCCCCGACUUCGACGCAUGUCGACCAGACAUGGAAAUGAUUUUGGCGGGACAACGUCGUCGCGCCGCCACGUGGCAAGACGUAGCGACGGGCGCCACGUGGCGGCAUCUGUCGACGACGCGUCAAAGCACGGGCUGGUGCAAGUGGACAAGGAAGAUGCUGGCACACCCGAUCAUUUGGCCAGCAUCUCGGAACCUGCGAUUCAGGAUUUGUUCAAAGUGCUGCACAUGUCGCAGUCGGUGGGCAAGCACCCCCACCGCGUGGUGCAAACCGUCUUGUCCAAUUGCUGCCAAUACCCCGUGCUGCGGGCAUGGAUUCGAACCAACUUGUUUUAUGUCUUGACCGGGACGGCCACCAACCGCUCGUUUCCUCCAUCCAGCGUGAUUGGAUGUGGCACCGUCGUCGCGGACCGCGGUGGGGUUUUUCCCGACGUGAUGGCGCGGGCGCUAGCGGUGCUGGUCGCGCUGACGAGUGAACACGUCCGACUCCGGGUCGAUAUUUUGCACACGAACGGGUUGGGGCAGCUGCUCGAGCUGCUCGAGUCGCGAGAUGUGAGCCGGAAUGCCAAUCAUGUCGACAUGCUGCUCGAGGCGGUGGAGAACGUGGCCAGUCCAUUGAGUCGACUGGCCCCGCCUCCUCCUCCUCCUCCAUCGAACGAGUCCAAGCCGGAAUCGGACGAUACCGUGACCGAAUGGAUUCCCGUGCCGUCGGUCGUGCUGACCGCCGCGGAAAUGAGCCAUUUGGUGUCUGUGUUGGCCUUGGAUAUGUGCACGACCUCGAUGCAAUCUCGCGUGUUGAGCAUCUUGCGGCUGCUCUCGACGACGAAUCGUUUGUGCACGUUGGAUACGCUGGUCGAGUGGUGUGCGCGGUUGAUUGCGAGCCCCGCGCCGAGAAAGACGCAAGCGGCCGCGGUGCUGCCCAGUCCCCAGGACGAAGUCAAGUUGCUACGGUUGCUGCACACCCUGUCCGACUUGUCGGAGACGACGGACCAGUUUACGGACUAUGUCCAAACGCGGUUGAAUCUCAUGCCUGUGUGGGAAGCGCUGAGCAAGGCGCUGGAGGACGCGCGUGCGGUGGAAGGGUGGUCGGAUAAACUAGACGAGUCGAACGGACCGCCGAAUAAUGCCGGCACGAUCAUUGAAGGCAAGAGCGCCGGCGCGUCGUGUGCCAUGGGCGCCUUGUUGACGCGGUUUUUGCCCAUGAUUGAAGCGUUUUUUGUCGUGAAUGCGCGCGACGCGGCCAGCAUGACGCUCGCCCCGCCAAGCACGGACGAGGACCGCACGGACACCCACGCGGCGCUGCUGGCCACGUUUGUCGAGGCCAACCGCGUGCUGCUCAACAUGUUGAUUCGUGAAAAGCCGUCGCUGCUCGACAACUCUUUGGCGGCGCUGAUCAAAAUUCCUCGCUGCCGCGCGUUUGUCGACUUUGACAACAAACGCACGUACUUUCAAGCGUCGAUGAAGCGUCUGCGCCACGCGUCGAUGCGUCCGGGGGGCGGUGGAGCGUCGGUGCGUCUGCCGGUGCGCCGCGAUCGAGUGUUUGAAGACUCGUACUAUGCGCUCCGCAUGCGAAGUGGGAACGAGCUGCGGCGCAAGCUCCACAUUUCGUUUACGGGGGAAGAAGGCAUUGAUGCCGGCGGCGUCACGCGCGAAUGGUAUACGAUCUUGGCGCGCGAGAUUUUCAACCCCAACUAUGCGCUGUUUACGUGUGCCGCCGACUCGCCGACGUUCCAGCCCAACCCGCUGUCGUUUGUGAACAAGGAGCACUUGAGCUACUUUGAGUUUGUGGGCAAGGUCAUUGGCAAAGCGAUUGCUGACGGCCAACUGCUCGACGCCCACUUUACGCGAUCGUUUUACAAGCACAUUUUGCAGCUCCCGCUGUCGUACUCGGACAUGGAAGCGAUCGAUCCCGAGUAUUACCGCAACUUGCAUUCGAUCUUGGACAACCCGAUCGACGCGCUCGGUCUCGACUUGACGUUUUCGAUUGAGCACUCGAACUUUGGCAAGGUGGACGUGGUCGACCUUGUCCCGAAUGGCCGCAACAUGGCCGUGACAGACGACAACAAGCUCGAGUAUGUCAAGCUCGUGACGCACCACCGCAUGGCGACGGGCAUUCGGUCGCAGAUUGACGCGUUUUUGACGGGGCUGCAUCAGCUCGUGUCGCCGCAACUGAUUUCGAUUUUCAACGAGAACGAGCUGGAGCUGCUCAUUUCGGGCAUGCCUGAAAUCGACAUGGACGACUUGAAGGCCAACACGGACUAUGCCAACUACAAACCGACCGACCGCGUCAUUCGGUGGUUUUGGAACGCCCUGUACGCGUUUACGCACGAAGAGCGCGCGCUGUUUAUCCAGUUUGUCACGGGCACGUCCAAAGUGCCGUUGGAAGGAUUCAAAGCGCUGGAAGGCAUGCGCGGCACACAGAAAUUCAACAUCCACAAGGCGUUUGGGUCGAGUGCGUCGUUGCCGACUGCGCACACAUGCUUCAAUCAAUUGGACCUGCCCGAGUACGAGAGCGAGGAACAGCUCAAGUCGCGCCUCGUCCUGGCCAUUCGCGAAGGAUCGGAGGGGUUUGGAUUUGGCUAACGUUGGCCGCCACACACGAUAUGAAUACAUUUGCAUUUUUGGA